AUGGCAUCCAUUUCACUGCCGCCGUCCCAAGGGUUCCCGCAUUUCGAUCCUCAAUCCAACGCCCCCGGCAAUCGUCACAGCAUGGGUACUCCGUUGCCUAAUCCUCCAUUCGUAUUUCCAGCACGAGACCCCGAUGCUCCCGAGACUCAAUCAGAGACCCUCGAGCGUCGGGAGCGGCCCGCAUUACCGGCAUUCUCUUUUAAUCCUGGCUCUGAGCAGUCGUUACAUCUUUCAGCACCGUCUAUUUCGAAUCGAGCCGGGGGACAUCGUCGACGUCCCAGUGAGUUUGUUGGUGGCGAUCAUCUAGUGACCCCAGAAACGGUCGGGGGCGAUAAACGAGAAGAACCUUCCGUGGCAGCUCAACCGGGGCUGCCGCCUCCAGGGCCAGGUGUUGGAAGAGUUCCAGGACGCCGGAACCAUGCUCAUCGUCGUUCUGCCGCGAUCUCUAAUGUCGACUUGAAUGCAAUUACCAAAGCACUCGGUCCCAAUACUGGGGCUGGAAGUGCGCCUUGCACACCUGCUGACCCUCAACACAAGAGCACCAUCGAGUCUCCUGCUCGACCAGUUUCUCAAUCAGGCAUGAGUCUCGGUCGUCCUACGCCCCCUGCAUCUCCUCAAUUCCCGCCUUCUCCUUCGAUUCCUCCCGUUCCUCCGAUCCCGGCUGCUCUCCAAGCGGAAGUUGCCUUAAACAUCCAAGCCCCUGAGGCUGGACGCCCUGUAUCUGCAAUCUCACAUGAAACCUCAGACAGCGCGGCCACAAUCAAAUUCCAGCAGCUUGAAAAGCCUGCUUUCACAGACCGGGUAACACCGCGACCUCAUCGUAAGCCAAAGGCGAGGCCGAAAACUGCCGACGCAUCUUUGGCUAUUGAUUUCAUGCAAAUGGAUGAUCCAGCGGGAGUCUCUUCGAUUAAACGUUCGCAUUCUGCAGCAGGGCAUUCGCGCGCUCGAAAGAGCAAGUCCACGCCGCAUCUCGAUUCCACACUCUCACCCGAUGAUGCCCACUCGACAGACCAUUCCCGCCCUUCGAUUUCUGAUGAUGGUUCCGAAACAUCCGACGACGAAGCGACGGAAAACACGACUUGCGACAAGUCAAAUUCCAAGUCGAAGAAAAAGAAGCAGAAGCGUGUUCGCUCUUGGGCUGGUUCCAUUCUAACUCGCACCAAGAGUAAGAGUAAGCGCCAUGCGAAGCAAGACAAGCACGACAAGCAUGAGAAACACGACAAGCAUGACAAACACGACAAGAAGGAGGAAAAGCAAGAAGCAGAGGACAAACCACCUGUGCCUCGUGCCCUCGCACCUCGCCCUCCUGCUCUCACUCGGACCAACUCAGAAGCCGGAUCCGCUCUCGAUGUUGACUUUGACAAUGACGAUGUUGUUGUCAUUCAGACUCCCACCAAUCCAACCAUGCCUCCGUCUGCUCUCGAACCGGUUCGAAAUGAUCGUCCCUCCGUUCCCCCUGUGUCUACCCUCGAGACUUCCUGGAAACCGAGGAGUUUCUAUGAGCAGGAGACCGGCCCGCACGAUAAUAUCCUGAGUAGCCCGAUCAUCGACCUCGACGCUGCACUGGGACCGUUCAAUACUCCCGAUAUGCGCCCAAGUGACCAGGGUGCGAAUAACAACAACUUCUCCGUGGCAACCCAGCGUAUGUACAGCGGUGGUAGACGUGGUGAAUUUGUUGGCCCAGAGAUGCGUUACCACCGUCGUGCGGAAAGUGCCCCAGUGAUGCCUCCGUUUGAUCGCAGCGCUCUAGGCGCAUUUCGUCUUGGUCCUAAUAACACAGUUGAGACUCCGGAUGUGUUUGACGAGGAGGAAGAGGACGCUUUUCUAGCUGCAUCGCAGUCUCCCAAGAAUGAGCGCGCACCAGCUCUCAUUUCACCCGCUAAGAAAGCAACUAUUCCGACAUCCGAGGAUGAUAAGAAGUCGGUUCACAGUAAUGAUACCUCUGACACCGAGGACACCACCCGUGCUCCUGCUGCUAGCAACCCGCCCGAAACACCCGAAACACCUGCAAACGCUGGUCUGGGAAUUCGGCCUACCGAUCAAUUUGCAAACAAUCGAGAAUCUGAGCAGACACCCGCGGUUAAUGAAACUCAAAUUGUUAGCAACCCCUUCACUAGCAAGCCUCGAAGCCCCGUGGAGAUCUUGAGGGCGGAAGAGCCUGCAUCCAGCGGCAUGGGACCACCCAGCCCUGACGUCUCUCCUCGCUUCUUGGCUGUUGACAAGCGACCCUCCACGUCUCCUGUUGAGCUAAUACCCAGCAUUCCGCCUUUCUCGCUACACCCGGGUGUUUCGCCAUCUGAGUCGUCCUUCCCAUCCCCGGAUGCCCCCCGAUCAAUUGCGGCAUCCUCGAUGACCGACCGGCACUUUUCACACUCUUAUCAUCAUCUUCCCUCGGACUACCCCUAUGCAUCAGUCGAAGAUGUUCCAUCUUUGACUAGCAGUGCAUCCACCAUGACCAACACACUGAACCGUUUCUCGGCAGCUUCCUUCUUCCCGCGUGCACGUCUUUCCACCGACCGAGCAGCAUCUUUCUCCGGUGCUGGAACCCGCCGAACCAGUCAAGCUAACGCCUCCAAGCGCACUAGCUUGGCCAGUCUUUCCAAGCUGGUCGGUGGACCCCAUACCGAGCGGAGUAAGCUGAAUCAGGAGGAGAAACCUCCUGGUGAUGCUUCUGAAAAGUCGAGGAAGAAGGGUCGGCGCCUCAGCCGCCUGAUGCACUUCUGGAAGGUCAAAGACAAGGAGAAGCCUUCCACUGAAGCGGCUGCCAACGAGCGACCCCAGUCGUAA